AUCAAACGGAUAAGGCCAUAAGGGUAAUGGUAAAUUAUAGCAACCCAACUGAUACGGGCAAAAGAAAAUGGCGGCAAAUCCUCAACCUCUGCCAUUGAGCUCCAAAUGGGAAUCCUCACUGAAGACGAAGAAGAAGCUGACAGCAACCCAUGUUCUCUGUUACCCAUUUCGAGCUUCUCAUUCCAUUCAUGAUAAAGAUAGGGUUUUUAAACAACUGGGUACGUUUGCUUUACGGAAGAAAAUUGAAGAUGCUGUUCUUCGUGGUGAGAUGUUGGCACCAAUAGUGCUUCAACUUGAAGAAGAGAUGCAUGUCUGGAGAGAAGAGAAAAUGCGUGAUUACAACUUUUGGGAUGAUCCUGUUAAAUCAAAUGAAAUGCUUGCCAAUUUAGCUGAUCGUGCCAAAGUUAUUGAUACUCUCAAAGACCUUGUAUAUAAGAUUGAAGAAGCAAAGCUCAUUAAGGAGCUGGCGGAAACUGAUGCCGUAAAUUAUGGACUCAUUAAGCAAGCAUAUAAUGCAUCAGUUGACGUUAGCAAGUUCUUAGAUCAGUAUGAGAUGUCCAAAAUUUUGAAAGGGCGUUAUGACAUUCAUGGAGCAUCACUUGUUAUUCAAGCUGGAGGCAAAGGCAUCUACUCAGAGAUAUGGGCAGAACGACUUCUAAGCAUGUAUGUCAAAUGGGCUGAAAAGCAAGGUCACAAAACAAGAGUAUUGGAGAAGUGCUCCUCGAACAGUGGAGGCAUCAAGUCUGUCACCAUUGAGUUUGAGUUUAAGUAUGCUUAUGGUUUUUUAAUUGGAGAAAGAGGUGUUCACCGCAUGAUGAGUUCACUUGAAAAAACAAGUAACCAUGAGGCCAGCUUAGCAGCUGUUGAUGUUAUUCCUCUGUUUCUUGAGACGGUGUAUGACUUUCCGUUGGAUGAUAAAGAUCUAAUUAUAUCCUUUUUAUUGAGUGAAAAUGAGAUAGGGCCAGUUGUACCUGUUGUUCACAUUCAGCAUGCUCUUACAGGCAUAUGCGUGCAAUCCUCAGGUGAGAGGAAUAAGUUUGCGAACAAGAUGAAAGCACUUAACCGGUUGAAGGCAAAGCUUCUUGUGGUGAUGUCAGAGCAAGGAAUUUCUGACAUGAGCAGCAUUGAGACGGAUGCAAUUGUAGAUGUAUGGAGUCAAGAUACACGAAGGUACAUAUUGCAGCCAUACAAACUAGUCGAAGAUUUAAAAACUGGUGUUCAACUACCUGACUUAAACUCUGUAUUAGAAGGAAAUAUUAACCUGCUUAUUUCUGCCCAUUCAAGUCUAAGACAUGCUAGUGAAAAAUUCUAAAGAAUGUGCCUCCUUUAUUUUAAGUUUUGAAUAUAAUUUACGGUUUACCCCUCGUGUUUUCCAA